AUGUCUUCAUUAGUUACUUUGAACAAUGGCUUGAAAAUGCCUCUGGUCGGCCUUGGAUGUUGGAAGAUCGACAAAAAUGCUUGUGCUAAUCAAAUCUACGAAGCUAUCAAAUUGGGCUACCGUUUAUUCGAUGGUGCUUGUGACUACGGCAACGAAAAGGAAGUCGGCGAAGGUAUCAGAAAAGCCAUUUAUGAAGGUCUUGUCACUAGGAAGGAUGUAUUUGUCGUUUCCAAAUUAUGGAACAAUUUCCAUCAUCCUGAUCACGUCAAAUUGGCUUUGAAAAAAACAUUGAGCGAUAUGGGACUUGAUUACUUAGAUCUGUAUUAUAUUCAUUUUCCGAUUGCCUUCAAAUACAUUCCUUUUGAAGAGAAGUACCCACCGGGGUUCUACACGGGUACAGAGGACGAGGAGAAGGGCCACAUCACCGAAGCUCAUGUUCCAAUCAUUGAUACUUACCGCGCUUUGGAGAAAUGCGUUGAUGAAGGUCUGAUCAAAUCUAUCGGUAUUUCCAACUUCCAGGGGAGCUUGGUUCAAGACUUGUUACGCGGUUGCAGAAUCAAGCCUGUAGCUUUACAAAUUGAACACCAUCCUUACUUGACUCAAGAACAUUUGGUGGAAUUUUGCAAGUUACAUGACAUCCAGGUCGUUGCUUAUUCCUCCUUUGGCCCUCAAUCAUUCAUUGAGAUGGACCUUCAAUUGGCAAAGGCCACGCAAACGUUGUUUGAAAACGACGUAAUCAAGAAGGUCUCAGAAAACCACACAGGUAGCACCACCUCCCAAGUGCUAUUGAGGUGGGCGACCCAAAGAGGUAUUGCCGUCAUACCAAAAUCUUCCAAAAAGGAAAGACUACUUGGAAAUUUGGAAAUAGAAAAGAAGUUCUCUUUAACAGAGCAAGAACUGAAGAAGAUUUCAGCUUUAAAUGCCAACAUCAGGUUUAAUGACCCAUGGACUUGGUUGGAUGGUAAAUUCCCAACUUUUGCCUGA